AGGAGAUUUAUAUCUUGUUUCCACCUUCCUCCUCCCAAUUUUCUUCACAAUCUUCAGCCUUUUCGUUGUUAAUCUGAUUUAGGAUCAGAUACUGUUAACAAAAGAGGAAACAACCAUGGCGGAGAAAUAUAAUAUGAAGAAUCCAUCCGUGAAAAGGAUUUUACAGGAGUUGAAAGAGAUGCAAUCAAACCCAUCUGACGAUUUCAUGAGCCUUCCCCUUGAGGAGAAUAUCUUUGAAUGGCAAUUUGCAAUUAGGGGACCAAAUGAUACGGAAUUUGAAGGAGGAAUUUAUCAUGGUCGAAUUCAAUUGCCUUCAGAGUACCCAUUCAAACCACCAUCUUUUAUGUUAUUAACGCCAAAUGGACGUUUUGAAACUCAGACAAAGAUCUGCUUAAGCAUAUCAAAUCAUCAUCCUGAACAUUGGCAACCAUCAUGGAGUGUUAGAACUGCUUUAACAGCACUAAUUGCAUUCAUGCCCACUAGUCCAAAUGGUGCUUUGGGAUCAUUGGAUUACAAGAAAGAAGAAAGACGUGUUCUUGCUGUUAAAUCUCGUGAAUCUUCCCCAACUUUUGGUUCUCCAGAUCGUCAAAAGCUCAUUGAUGAGAUUCAUGAGUACAUGAUCAGUAAGGCACCACCAGUCCCUCACCCCAACUCACCGGAAUCUGCAGAACCACCAUCUGCCGCCGCCACUGAACAAUCCGGCGAAGCUCCGGCGACUCCACCAAAUGCUAAUACAGAGAUAACUGAACCCGAAGAACAACAACCUGAAGGUCCCUUGAACAACAACACAGAAGCCGACAUCCCAAGGGUACCAGAGCAGGCAGCUCUGGUUGCUCCUCCUCCAGUACCGGCGGUGGUGGUGCAGCAGCAGCAGCACCACCACCAAUCAACAGUUCCGAAACCGGCGGAUGACCGCCUGUUCACAUGGGCGGCAGUCGGACUUGCCCUUGCUAUUGCUGUUCUUCUGUUGAAGAAGUUCAUGAAAGCUAGUGGACAUGGUGCUGUGUUCAUGGGUCAAUCUUGAAAUAUGAGUAUCUUUCAGGCAUCAGGAAUUGAGAAUUAAUGUCUGGAUUUACGAAUUUCGUUAUAUAUAUAUUCUGUCAUUUGUGCUACAUUUUUGUAAUUUUGUUUUCAAAUUGUGCCAC